CAUUAAGUUUUCUUUUCCAACGUCAGUCGGUAAUACUGAGUAACACAAUUCGCAAGUGUCGUUAAAAUUUUCAAUCGUGAAUAAUGUUCUAAAACAAGAGUUAAUAAGUACGUUCAUAGGAAGAAGAUAAAAAUAAUAAAUUCAGCAGUUGAUCACUCAUUCUUAGAACUUAUAGGACAAUAAUAAUGAUUUACUAAGGACCACAUAGGAUUUCUGCGGACUUCGUGUAUUCGAAAAACUAAGUGUCUAACAGGAUGGAUUGCCAUUCCGUUAAGGUAUUAAUGUGGAAACACCUCACGGUGCGUAUGAGGAGGUACUUUCACACCCUUGUAGAGCUUCUGUCGCCAAUAGCAUUGAUUUUGCUAUUCAGUGCUCUAAAUAUUGUUAAGACACCUCCCGAUCAUGUUGUGUCAUCAGCUCAAUACAACUCAGAAUAUCAUUCUAAGAACUUUGAACGACCAAACUGCAUUCAUUAUUAUCCAGAAACGAACCUUACAAAAACACUCAUGGACCAAGUUGCCAAGAAAUUCCACAUAGAGAAAAUAAUUUGCUCAGGUGGUUUCAAUCGGGGUUACUGUCCGAUACAAAAUGAGUCUUUCUUCAAACAGAUGGCUUAUUCCCUUCCAUACAAAGAUGCAGUCGUCAUUUUCAAAGACAUGUCAUCAGACGAGUGGCCGAAGAAUCUCAUCUAUACAAUACGUAUGAAAAGGGAAUUUGACACGGACCUGAUAUAUCCUAAGGACGGCAGGCUGAUCCCGCAUUCGGCUUUUAGCUUUGAAUACAGACAAUUCACCGCUCUACAGUGGACGAUCGACACCAGUUACAUAGAGGUGCUGACCGGGAAAGACAUUAAUAUAGACAUGUCCAUGCAAGAGUUCCCGUAUUAUUCGUGGAAGAACAACGACCCGAAUAUAACGACGGGCAUAGCAAGCAUCUGUCAGCUGUCUCUGCUGCUGGUGUUCGUGUUCCUCAUGUCGAGACUUUUGAACGAACGAGCGACCGGCAUACAGGAACUAAUGAAAAUGGUCGGAGUGUCGUCGAGCAGCCUGACCGCGUCGCACUUCCUGAACGUUCUGGCGGGCGGCGUGCUGUACGCGGGCGUGGUGUGCGGCGUGCUCACGGCGGACGUGGCGCUGUUCGAGACGCGCGCGGCCGCCGCCCUGCUGUGCGUCGGCCUGCUGCUGCACUUCGUCAGCGUCGUCGGGGCCGCCUUCGUCUGCAGCUACAUCGUGAGAAGCAGUGAGUGUAGGAGAAAAAAAAAGGGAGACUGGCAAUGGGUCCUACUGAAGGACCACCCUGCACUCUUCGUGCGAUCGUCUGGCGUCCGCCCGGGNUACGGGGUGCUGGCAUACCCGAUGCACGCGCUGCGGGGGUUGACCAUGCCCGGCGCGCUGAGGCUGCUGACGGGGCUGCUGCCGCACGUGCCGCUCGCCUGGCUGCUGGACGAGCUGAGCGUCUUGGACGGAAACGGUGAGUCGAUCACAGUGUCGUCGAUAAUGAAGUCCCACACGGCCGUCAGCUACUCCGUGUUCGUCAGCCAUCUGAUGAUGCUGGCCCAGAUCCUAAUAUUCUUCUUCCUGAACUGGUAUCUGUCUCUGGUCAGACCCGGAAAGUACGGACAAGCUUUACCCUGGUACUUCUUGUUUAAGAAACAAUACUGGUCGAAGAACGAAAUAGGGCCCAAGUUCGACUCGGAUGCCGAGGAGCAGGUGCCGAUAGUCAACGACAAGAAGUACUUCGAGGAGCCGCCGCAGAACGCCGAGGUCGGCAUCCGGAUCUGCAACGUGUCCAAGGUGUUCCAGAAUCAGAAAGCCCUCGACAACGUGUCGCUGGAUGUGUACAAGGGCGAGAUCACCGUGCUGCUGGGACACAACGGCGCCGGCAAGACCACCCUCAUGUCCAUCAUAACCGGUAUGAUGAGCGCGACCGAGGGUAAGGUGUACGUGAACGGCACGGAGACUGCCUCCCAGCAGAGGGAAGUCCGGAAGCACCUCGGGCUCUGCCCCCAGCACAACCUGUUCUUCCCGGACCUCACCGUGCUCGAACACGUCAUGUUCUUCACUAUGCUCAGGGGAACAUCCUUCAGAGAAGCGAAAGCGUCUUCGAAAGCUCUUCUCGAACAGUUGGGUAUCGCGGAUAAAGCGAACAGCAACAGCUCCGAGCUGUCCGGCGGCAUGAUGAGGAGGCUGCAGCUGGCGUGCGCGCUCGCCGGCGACGCGGACGUCCUCAUCCUGGACGAGCCCACGUCGGGGCUGGACGUGGAGACCAGGAGGAGCCUGUGGGACCUGUUGCUUAGCGUGCGAGGGUCGCGCACCGUGCUGCUGUCCACGCACUUCAUGGAGGAGGCGGACGCGCUGGGUCACCGCGCCGCCGCGCUGCACCACGGCCGACUGCGCUGCCACGCCUCCACCAUGUACCUCAAGAAGGCCAUCGGUACGGGAUAUCGGCUGUCGUUCACGACGAUCGGGCUGCCCAACGAGGCGGCCAUCACCGCGGCCGUCGCGUCGCUGGUCCCCGAAGUGACCCUCAAGGAGAAGUCGCUGAACACGCUCGCGUACAGUCUGCCGGCCGCGCACGCCCACAGGUUCCCGGACCUCUUCCUGGCGUUAGAGUCGAACCGAUCUAAAUUGGGCAUCGACUCCAUCGGCGUGGGCAUCUCUACGCUGGAGGAAGUAUUCCUGAAACUUUGCAGCGAUGUCGACACGACCUUCGCCGACGCCAACGGCGACACCAGCGAAACUGCGGACCACUACCAGGAGCCGCAGAGUAAGAGGCUGACCGGCUUCCCCCUGUACCUCAGACAAUUCAAUGUCCUAAUGAAAAGGCAGUUCAACUACAUAAUGUCCAAAAAACUCUCAUUUUUCUUACUGCAAGUCCUGAUACCUAUGCUAGUGAUCGGCCUGGUCACGGAGUCCGUGAACCACGACUACGGGUCCACUCAGGCCGACGUCAGCGCGCCCAUGACCCUCGAUCUGUACAAGGACAUCGACGGCCUCAAAGCUUUGUACAACGUGAACCAAGAGGGAGUCAACUUCAAAGCGAUCACUGACGCCUACCCGCACGUCAAGUUUGAGGAAAAUACAGACAUCGUCAAUACAACACUGGGCUACGCCAAGUAUGAUCCAAUGAAGUACAUUAAAUACGUUCUGGGUGUUGAACUUAAUUCCACACAUGCAAAGGCAUUGUACACGACGACAAUCCGGCACGCCGCUCCGAUAUCGGUGAACAUCCUGACGAACCUGCUGGCGACGCUGCACGCGCCGGCGGCGGGCGCGCGCACGCUCACCGCCGUCAACGAGCCCGUGCGCGCGGAACUGGCGGCCGCGCCCUCCUCCGCGCCCUCCAUCAAGGACACUAAACAAGUCUUCGUCGUCCUCCUUUGGAUAUUUUUAGUGGUUUUCACGAUUCUAUCGACGACCAUAAACGCGGUGUCGCUGCCGUGUGCGGAGCGGGAGUCGGGCGCGCGGCACACGCACGUCAUGUCGGGCUGCCCGCCGGAGCUGCACUGGGCCUCCACGCUGCUGUUCCACCUGGCCGUCUGCACCGCGGCGCUGGUCGUCCCCACGCUGGUCAUCGCGGCCACCGUCGAACGAGACCAGACCAUCAACCAGCCUGGCUUCUUGCUAACGUUCUUCCUAAUCUUGGAGCUCGGCGCUAUGGCUUUCUUCGCGUUAAUAUAUUUAGUGAGCUUCCACUUCAACGAGACGUCGGCCACUAUCGUGCUAUCCGCCAUCGUUAUUAUAUUCGGCAUCUUCACGCCCUCAGUGAGCGUCAUCUACACGAUCCUCGAUGAUGCGAAGGGUGUCACCUACUACGUGUUCUCGGUGAUCAACUACGUGGUCCCGCCUCACACCGUGAUGAUGGCGAGCGUGCUGGCGGGCAUGCGGGCCGUGAACAACGCCAUGUGCAAACUGGACUCGGAGUUCUGUUCCAUCGCCAUCGGGAGACAGAUGACCACCGUUUCAAAGGAUCUGGAUCCGACGUGCUACCUAUGCUUCAACGACAUCGCCCCCACACGCUUCGUUAUAAUGCUGUUCGUUCAGUUCGCCUUUUUAAUGAGCCUGGUGCUCCUUUCGGAGCGGGGCUGGCUGAACGGCUGCUUCGACGCGCUCAUGAACCGCGCCUACCCCGCCGCGCCCCCCGCCGCGCCCCCCGCCGCGCCCCCCGCCGCCUCCCCCUCCGACCUCGUGCGCGCCGAGGCCGCUUACGUCAGCAAGGCGAUCACACUGCCAAGCAACCAAAUCAAGGACGUUCUGUUAGCGGACAACCUGCACAAGAGGUACCCCAAGAUCUUCGGCAAGUCCUGCAACGCCGUCAAAGGAGUCAGUUUCUCGGUUAAGAAAGGAGAAUGCUUUGGCCUCCUCGGCGUGAACGGAGCCGGCAAGUCUACCACCUUCAAGAUGCUGACGGCCGAGGAGUGCGCCACUCGAGGCAACAUCUUCGCGAACGGCUACCACCUGAAGCGCAGCGUCGGACCGUACCUCCGUUCCCUCGGUUACUGCCCACAAUUCUUCGGGCUGGACGACUUCCUGACCGGCGCCCAGAACCUGGCCUUGCUGCUGACCCUACGCGGACUCGACGUCGUCGACGUGAACGCCGAGGUCGCGUCCUGGAUACAGAUCGUAGGGCUGGAGAAGUACAUGCACCGGCCCGUGUCGGGCUACAGCGGCGGCUGCAAGCGGCGGCUGGCGGCGGGCGCGGCGCUGGCGGCGGGCGCGGCCGUCACGCUGCUGGACGAGCCCACCGCGGGCGUGGACGUGGCCGCGCGCCGCCGCGUGUGGGCCGCGCUGCGCCGCGCGCUGCACCGGGGACGCGCCGUCGUCAUCUCCUCGCACAGCAUGGACGAGAUGGACGCGCUAUGCUCUUCGAUAGCCAUCCUGUCGGCGGGCGGCGUGCGCGCGCUGGGCUCGGGCGCCGCACUGCGCGCCGCGCACGCCUCCGGACACGCGCUGCUGCUCAAGAUCGCGCACGCACCUGCCGCAGACGAAGUGGACGGUGCCAAGGGUGAGCUGGACCGGCUGAAGGGCGUGCUGCACCAGUCCUUCGACUGCACCCUCAAGGACGAGCACAAGACGAUGCUGCACUACCAUAUAAACGAAACAAUGAAAUAUUCGGAACUCUUCACUCAGCUCGAGGAACUAAAGGCCAACUUCCCCGGGCUCGUGGAGGACUAUUCGGUCACGGAGACCACCCUGGAAGAGGUGUUCCUGUCUUUCGCCAAAGAACAAAAUGAACCCGCGUCCGUAUGAACCAGCCUCAAUUUAAAUAGCUCAUUACCGGCUUUUUUUUAAGGGCUUUUGUGACUUGGUAACUAAGACCUUUAAGUCAUCUCUCAUAUUAAAUUCAUAUUCUUAUUUUUAUGAAAAACGUUAAUAUG